UUAAACCAUGCAGAAGCACUUGUCUUUAGGAAUUCUUCUCGUCGCAUCCUUUCUAGGAUGGAGCGGUGCUGAAUACUGUUAUGCUCCUAAUAGCUGCGUUCCUCAGGAUUAUUGUUCUAUAAGGGGACAACCUGUCACAGUUGAUAUUAAAAAAUGUGAGACCAAUGAAGUAUGCUGCAGAUUAACAAAACCUUCAAUACCCUCCUGUACGCCUCCCAGCCCCAAAACGCCUCACAGCCCUACUUCCUGCGAUACUACGACUGCCAGGCCCAAUACAACUCCCAGCACCACUACGACUCCCAGGCCCACCACGACACCGCGCAGUAAGCAGGCCUAUGAUUGCGGUACCAGCAACCCCAGAGGUAUAGGCAAUCUAGCGCUAGAUACAAGUGACUCUAGACCUGGAGAAUUCCCCUGGAUGGUGGCUUUAUAUUCCAAUGAGAAGUUCAUUGGAGGGGGAUCUCUAAUCGCUAUGGAUGUCGUUCUCACCGCAGCACAUAUUCUUGAGAAUGUGACCGCUGCCAAUACAAAGAUCCGAGCUGGUGAUUGGGAUUUAAUAUCGGACCGAGAACCGUUUACACCUCAACAGCGAUUGGUGAAGAGCAUCAUAAGACACGAAGAUUUUGAUUAUGAAACUGGGGCAAACGAUUUGGCCCUUGUCAUUUUGGCCCAGCCCUUCAAGCAGGAGGAUCACAUCCAGACCAUCUGUUUGCCCACUCCAGAUGAAGACACAGCGAACAAAUGCAUAGUAGCCGGUUGGGGCGUGAAAAACUUCGGUGACAAAUGUUUAUCAAAUGUUCUGAAGGCAAUUGAGCUUCCCUUAGUGUCCCAGGAUGAAUGCCAGGAUAAGCUGAGGAAAACGGAGUUGGGACCUGAUUUUGAAUUGGAUCCAAGUCUAAUGUGCGCCGGAGGAGAAGAAGGGCUCGAUUCCUGCACGGGAGAUGGUGGUUCUGCCAUAUUCUGUGAGAUGGACUACUACAGGAACCGCUACAUACAGGUUGGAAUCGUCAACUGGGGUAUGGAGUGCGGCAAGAAGGACACUCCCGGGGUCUACACGAAUUUAGAAAAGUUCAAUGACUGGAUUUAUAAGCAAUUAGAAGCCCUUCCAGCCAUCCAGCACCCAAGGAGAGGAGAAUACAAACAAUUUUAA